AUGCCGAACGAUGAGUUGCGACGGCUAUGCAAGCAGGAACGGCAAUUACAGAACGUGAUAGAUGUGAUGAAAGACUUCGUUAGAAAUUACCAAGAGCAGCGCGAUAACGGAUCCUUACAAAUGCGUAUGAAUAAGUUGGAUGAAGUGUACAACCUGUUUUGUGAAGUUCGAAUGCGUAUUGAUCUGGUUAUGGAAGACCAAGACCUUGGAGAGGAUUUGGUUGAUCCGGAUGAAUCAGAAGAAGCUCUGGCAACUAGAAUAGCGCGAACGAGAGCCAAAAAAGAGAAGGAAAACGAAGAGAUUCUAAAGAGUUUCAUAAAUGAAUACUUUCAGUUGAAACAUUCGAUGCAACUUCUGUUGAAUCCGCCUGGAUCUAGCUCCUUCGUUGUUCCAGCAGAACCACCCAAUCAACGUUUGCAAGCUCUCUCAAUGAUGCGUGUCAAACUUCCUGAACUCAAGCUCCCUACAUUUAGCGGAAAUCUGCGCGAUUGGAUCACUUUCCGAGACACCUUCAAGAAUUUGAUAUCAGACAAUACACAGCUUACCGACAUAGACAAGUUCACAUACCUACGAACGUCCUUGUCAGGAGAAGCGCUGCAGGAAAUCUCUUCGAUAGAACAGACGGCCGCGAACUAUUCUAUAGCUUGGAGAUGCCUAGAAUCUCGCUAUGUAAACAAAAAACUUCUUGUUAAAUCCCAUCUGGAUGCUCUACUAGCAAUCGAACCUAUGAAAAAGGAGAGCUUUGGAUCGUUAAACCACGUAAUAAACGAAUUUGACAAACAUUUGCAAAUGUUACAUAAGCUUGGUGAAAAUACGCCCGAUUGGAGCACUAUCUUAGCACAUAUGUUGGCUGGUAAGCUAGACACCACAACACUUCGCUUAUGGGAGACAGAACAUCGAUCACGCGAUGUGCCCAGAUAUUCCGCUAUAUUAGAAUUCCUAAAAAAUCAUUGUAUCGUUCUUCAGUCGGUAACUUCCGAUCGUUCAAUUUGUCAGUCGCAUGAAUUGAAAAGAUCAUCACGAUCUUUCAGCAGCUACACGAGUUCAGCUCAAGAAGGUUGUCCGUUUUGCGGUGAAGCUCUACAUCAAGGUUUCCAGUAUAAGAAGUUCAAAUCCAUGAAGGUAGAUGAAAGGAGGAAUGCAGUAAAGGCGAGUCGAUUGUGUUUUAACUGCUUGUCUCGUGGUCAUGUAUCCAAAUCCUGUUCUCGUGGAUCCUGUCGGCUAUGUGGUCAACAACAUCACACGAUGCUGCAUCAAGGUUCAACACAGCCUGGCAGCAACGCACCAGGAGUACUACCGAACAAACAACCGCAAUUGACCUCGCAAAACCCACACACGACUCAGACACCAUCAACCUCACACACAGAACCCAACACAAACUCAUCAGCAAUUAUCUAA